GUUUGUGCAAACAAUGAAAACGGCAGAUGGUCCUGAAUCAAUAAACCCCUAUCCUCCCUUAUCUUUUGUUAUGAACAGAAUCAAAGAUGAAUGAAAGUUCAGACAAACUGAGAAGUUGAAAAUAACCGCCAGAAACCGACAGUUGAUCCUGGGAAGUGGAGUUUGUUAAUCUCAGCCACGCCUCUGUGAAAGUAACUGGCGCCAUCUGGUUUUCUGCCACAUGCAUUCAAGGACAAAGAGCUGAUGAACCUUUUUAUCACAUCUUCCAGGACGGACAAAUUUAAGGCCGUUAAUUUUUUUAUCAUUAAAGGAAAGAAGAAGGAACAACGGAAACAAUAACUUUAAAAUACCAACAGGCGUCCUGCGCUGAAGACCAACUACAAUCCAAUAAUCUUCACUUUAAAGCAUAACAAAUGUCUGACCGGAGGAAGAAACGGAAAUCUGCAGCAAAGACCAGAUCACAUGGAGAUCACACAGUUUGUUCCCAGAAGAAUGGAGAUGAGCCACCAGGCCCCAGCAGCAUCUCUGUUAAAAGCAAUCGGUCAAAGGGUCCGCCAAUUGACUUUAGAAAAGACAGAUCAAAAUGUCAGAAAUUCAGCGAGGAGCUGAGCAGCUGCUCAGUGUGUCAACAGGUUCUGAAGGAUUUGGUGUAUUUUAUUUGUGGACAUCCAUCAUGUAAGGAUUGUUUGGGUUUGAGCCUGAAUGACUUACCGACAGACUCGCCCUGCACACAGUGUGGAGAGACGUUUAUGGAAAACACACUCAAAGACAGAGGUAACAGUGUCUUUCUGGAAGCAAAGAUGAAUCUUAAAAAAGGAAUGAAGAAUAAAUUCACUUUGACGUCUGAAGGUAAUGGUGAUUAUCGCAGCUCCCUCAAAAGCAUCUACACAACCCUGUUCAUCACCACUGGAGAUAAUGAUGGACGAAAUCAGGAACAUGAGUUCAGACAGCUAAGAAAUGCUCAUCCAGACCAACCGCUGAGUGACUCUACUGUCAACCUGAGUGAGCUCUUCCAAUCGGUGCCUGACCAGGACAAACCCAGCAGAACAGUCCUGACAAAGGGAGUCGCAGGCAUUGGAAAAUCCUUUGCUGUUCAGAAGUUCAUCCUUGAUUGGGCUGAAGAGGAAACAAACCAACAGAUUGAUUUUGUUUUCAGUCUUCCUUUCCGAGAGUUGAAUUUGAUUGUAGGAGAGAAAAGCCUCCAUGAGCUGCUGACUGAGUUUCAUCCGUCUCUCAGACCACUGAAAGAUUCCCAAGAUUACUCCAAAACAAAGAUCAUAGUGAUCCUGGAUGGCUUGGAUGAAAACAGACAUCAGUUGGACUUUCAGGAAUCAGCCAAAGUGACUUCUCUUGAUGAUGUAGCUUCUGUAGGUGAUCUUGUUGUAAACCUGAUCCAGGGUAACCUCCUUCCUGACGCUAACGUCUGGAUAACGUCCCGACCAGCAGCAGCCAGUCAGAUCCCUGCAGAGCACAUCGACAUGGUGACAGAGAUCAGAGGGUUCAGUGAUGGUCAGAAAGUGGAAUAUUUCAGAAAGAGAUUUGGUGAUGACUCCAGUCUAACUGACAGGAUAAUAUCACAUAUUCACUCUUCACAAUCCCUGGACAUCAUGUGCCAGAUCCCGAUAUUCUGUUGGAUUUCUGCUGUCUUAUUCCAGGAAGUCUUCAGCAGAAAUGAAGAGACAGAAAUCCCUCAGACUCUUACAGAGUUAAUGGCACAUUUUGUCUUUGCUCAGACAAAACGUAGAAGCAGGAAGUAUGACAGGAACCCUGAGAAAAACAGAGAGAAGCUCCUGAAGACUCACAGAGAAUUUCUUCUGAAACUUGGGAAACUUGCGUUUGUCCAGCUUCAAGAAAACCAACUCAUCUUCUAUGAGAAAGAUCUGGAAGACUGUGGCAUUGAUGUAGGAGAAGCAACAAUAUACUCUGGUUUAUGUAACACUGUUCUCCAGGAAGAGGAGGUCUCCUCCCAGAAAAAGAUCUUCUUCUUUGUGCAUCUGACUCUUCAAGAGUUCUUUGCAGCUCUGCACGUCUAUGAAUGCUUGAAGACCAAGAAAACCAAUGAACUUGGCAAGUUCCUCUCUGUGGAAGACGAAGACGUUCCUUUACUUGAUCUUCUAAAGAUGACAAUCGACAAAGUGUUGGAGAAGAAGAACGGUUACUUAGACUUUUUCUUGCGAUUCCUGCUUGGCCUGAUGGUUGAACCCAAUCAGAGAUUCCUUCAGGGUCUGUUGACUCCCCUUGACGAAUGGGACGACACAGACAAGAAAAUCCUAACUUACCUGAGAUCAAUUAGAAGAAAAAACAUCUCUCCAGACAGCUGCAUCACCAUCUUCCAGACCAUGACUGAAAUGAGAGAUCACAAAGUCAAAGAUGAGAUUCAGGAAUUUCUCAAACUGUCUGAUCAUUCAAAAAUGGAGCUGGCUCCUUUGCACUGCUCUGCUUUGGCCUACAUGCUGCAGGCCUCCAAGAAUGAUCUGGAUUUACUAGAUCUGAAGAGCUACAACACAUCAUAUGAUGGCAGAAGGAGGUUGAUACCAGCUGUUAGGAGCAGCAAAAGAGCUGUGCUUGCAAAUUGCAAAGUUACGAUGGGUUGGAUGGAGCCUCUGGCCAUUGCCCUCAAAUUUUCUUACUCAGCUCUGAGCGAUCUCGACCUGAGCAACAAUGACCUGAAGGAUUCAGGAGUGGAGGUGCUUUGUGGAGGACUCUCGAGUAACUCCUGCAAACUGGAAAUACUAAGGAUGUCUGGUUGUUGGGUCACAGAGACAGGUUGUGAUCAUCUGGUCUCGGCUCUUCAGUCCAACCCGUCACAUUUGAUGGAGCUGGACCUGAGUUACAACCAUCCAGGAGACUCUGGAGGCAAGAAGCUCUCUAAGCUGAGUGAUGAUCCACAAUACAAGCUCACAAAGCUCAACCUCGACUAUGGAGGGACUCACAGAUUGAAGCCUGGCUUUAGGAAAUAUGCCUGUGAACUCACAUUCAGUCCUGAUGCAGAACAGCAGCAGCUGGUUCUGUCUGAAGGAAACAGAAAGGUGACCAGGGUGGAGGAUGAAACCUCAGGCCACCACCAGCAGGUGCUCUGCAGUCAGGGCCUGAUAGGGCGCCACUACUGGGAGGUGGAGGUCUCCGGGUCUUUGAGCAUCGGGGUGGCACAUGAGGCAGCCCUAAGAAAAGACAAAACGGGGGAUUUCAGAAUGGGGCGCAAUAAGGAUUCUUGGUGUUUGGUUUGUUCAGAUGGUUUUCAUGUUUUGCACCACAAUGACAGUGUAGAUGUGUCUUCCCUUGGAAGGCGCACCAGUCGGUUGGGGGUGUACCUUGACUGGCCUGCUGGUACUCUGUCCUUCUACAGAGUUUCCUCUGACAGUUUGAUCCAUCUUCAUACUUACACUGUGACUUUUAGUGAGCCUCUGUAUCCUGCAGUUGAACUUAAUGCCCAAUCAUCGGCUCGAUUUUGUAUUUUGUAACUUAAUUGGGUCCUUCUCACAUGUAUACAGUGCUGAUGAUGGAUUCAUUUGUUCUAGUUAUUUAUGUCACACUUAAUGCCCCAACAUACUCGGGUGAACUUCACUCCUGGAGGUCCGUGAAUAUUCAAGACGGACUUGACACUUGAAGCGGACGUCUGUCGGACACGUUUGCAGAAAGACGCUGUUUUAAUGACAGCGUUCUCAGUGUCGCACAGUAAUUUGAUCGACGGUAAACAAAGCUGACAUCGAACUGGGCUGAUUAGGUUGAGAGUCAGUGCUCACAGUCAUAAGGAUGUGCAGCAUGACUGUCACUCUCUGUCUCACACUAAAAACUGUUAAGGCUUCCCUGAUGGACAAGAAACAGGGCAAGGCACCCAACUAGCUCAUCAAACUUAAUAUCAUCCCUUAGGAUUAUAGGCAAUAAAUAAAUUUCUCACAAGAGUACUUGAUGCAAUUGGUGCAGAUGAAGUGGAUGUAUGAAGUCUCAACCAUCUGCAAUGAUUGAUCAAGUUCACUUCAUGUCUGUCUGCAAUGGAGUCCGCACAGUACACCAGAGUAUGUUGGGACCUUAAAAUCUUUAAAACCAUCAAACAAAUCUUAAAUUUGUCACAUUAUCAUCCAGAUUUAAAUUUAAAAUUUCACUGAGUCAAUUCAAAACCUUAAUUUACCGUACUUUUCGGACUAUAAGCUGCUACUUUUUUCCUAAACUUUGUGGCUUACAGCCUGGUCCAUCUUUUCUGUGUAUUUUUCUUCAACCACCAGGAGGCUCUUUAGCAGGAAGUGAAUCAUUCGUAGUC